UCAGUGCGAAGCCAUGAUCGGAGAAGCCGAGGCAUGCAGAAACACUGGACCUUACAUAACCAAGCUGCUGUGUGUUGUGAUGCUUGUGUAAGCUGUUCUCAAUAGAGGAGUAGCAACCAUCACAAGCUAGUCCAUGUCAUUUUGUCAGAGAGGCCAAGUCAGUCAAUGCACCAGGUUGCCAUUAGGUUUUUGUUCGUGAAAGAUGAAGCUCUUGAUUCCUCUCUAAUGCUACUUGUGUCUGACAUAGUUUAUCAUAUCGUAUGUAUGUACGGAAUGUAAACAGAGCUGGGGAGCAAACUGCUACUGGUUCAGGCUGUGUUUUAGGAGAGUAAUCUUUCUCAUACCAGCAGUAUUCUGAAAGUGCCAGGGUAUUAGACAUCUAGAUUUAAAUGAAACCUAUCUAGGAAGUACUUUCCAGGCAGUAGCAAUAUAAUGUAUUAACAAGGUUUGAUUGUGUACUUAGCAGCUGGGCAUUAUGACUGAUAUGUUUGUUGCAGUUUGUGUUGUUAUUGCUUAGUGUGCUGAAAUUCUCUUCUCAUAAUGUAAGUACAAACAACAAGGAUAUUGUUAUAUAGUUGACCUUGUUGAACUGAGCAUGUAAUGUCUGUUGAGGGGAGCUGUUAGACAGCUGUUGUGAGGAAGGGGACGAUAGCAGAGAAACAUGUCUGAAGACAGGAGCGUGCAAAAGGAAGAAAAAGUGUGAAGAACUGAGUCAGUGAGUUGGAGUAUAAAAGAUGAACAAGUAAGGAUGGGGGAAGGGCGUGUGAAGUAGUGACUGAGUGAUUGACUGAGUGAGAGAGAGAGUGUACACAAUAGGUUGGCUCCUGGCCAUGUAUUCCCCUCCCCCUCACUGUCACCCUCUCCAGUGUCUCCAGCGGACCUCCGCUCUGCUCAGCUUGUGACUCUGGAGUCGGCAGCUGGGAGGGAGUGGAGAGCUGAGGCCCAGGCUGUGCCGAUCCGGCUAGGCCAUAGGCCUCGCCACGGAGUGACAUUAAGAAAGAGCGGCAGCCACCAUCGCCAGAUGAUGUGAUUGUUUUAUCAGACAAUGAGCCAUCCAGUCCUCUCAUGAAUGGCCACUGCUUCACGAAGACUGACACAGAUAAACUUAUGAAGAGUUCUCCUGAGGAGAGGGAGCGCAUCAUCAAACAGCUGAAGGAGGAACUGAGACUCCAAGAGGCCAAGCUGGUGCUGCUUAAGAAACUACGACAGAGUCAGAUUCAGAAGGAGAGCACUGUGCAGAAGGCGACUGGCUCUGUAGCCACUCCUCCUCCUCUGGUGAGAGGUAGCAUCACAUCAAGCAAAGGACCCAUCCAGGUGACAGGUCGAAGCUCAGGCACAGUUAUCCCUCCUCCCUUGGUGCGGGGUGGGCAACACAUCCCGUCCAAACACAACUCUCAGAUUGUUAUGCCACCCCUGGUCAGAGGGGCCCAGCCUAUUGCAAUGACUCCCCAGCAGAUAGCCAGUCUACGUCAACAACAGCAGCAGCACAGCGGUUCAGGCCCCCCUCCACUCUUGCUGGCUCCCAGGGCUUCUGUGCCCAAUGUCCAGGUCCAGGGCCAGAGGAUCAUUCAGCAGGGACUCAUUCGGGUGGCUAAUGUGGCUAACAGUAAUGUCAUGGUCAACAUCCCUCAGGCUUCUCCAACCAGCCUAAAGGGUUCUUCAGCGUCACCCAACUCUAGCGUCAACGAUUCCCCAGCCAGCCGACAGGCGGCUGCUAAGCUUGCACUGCGUAAGCAGUUGGAGAAGACGCUGCUGGAGAUCCCUCCACCCAAACCUCCUGCCCCCGAGUUCAACUUCCUGCCUUCAGCAGCCAAUAAUGAGUUCAUCUACUUGUUGGGGUUGGAGGAGGUGGUGCAAAAACUUCUAGAGAUGCAUGGCAGGGGUAAUGUGGGCCCAGCUGCUGCCAUGGCCAGCUCCAUUCCCAAAGAGCCAUACACCUGUGCCCAGUGUAAGACGGACUUUACCUCCCGCUGGAGAAAGGAGAAGGCUGGGACCAUCCUCUGUGACCAAUGCAUGUCGUCCAAUCAGAAGAAGGCAUUGAAGGCUGAGCACACCAAUCGGCUGAAGGCAGCCUUUGUUAAGGCACUCCAACAGGAGCAGGAGAUUGAGCAGCGUAUCCUCCAGCAGGCUGCCUCCACUUCAUCUUCCUCCUCUGUCUCUAAAACCACCUCGUCCUCCUCUCCCUCACUGUCCAAGAGUGAGAUGCUGAUGUCCCAGCAGUACAAGCAGGUCAGGGCUGCCAUGCAGCACAGAUCUGUGGCUGCCCACCACUCCACCAUUAAGCAGAGUCAGCUGUCACACAACAUCCAUUCUGCAAUGAGCUCUCGUGGUGUGGCCCACUCAUUCACUUCCUCCUCUCAGCUGCAGAGCGCAGUGACGGCAGCUGCGCUGGGCAGCCGGCCAGGUAAGCAUGCUGCAGCACGCCUUCUGCAGCAGGGGUCAAAGGUCAGCGCCAGCAGCAGCAGCAGUAACCAGGGCAACGUGGCUGCCUGGAGGAAGCAGAGCGGUGGCAACACAGGUGUGACUAUGGCCUAUGUGAACCCCAGCUUGUCUGCCCAUAAGACCACCUCUGCUGUCGAGCGUCAGCGAGAGUACCUGCUGGACAUGAUUCCCUCCCGUUCUAUCUCCCAAGCAGCCAACACAUGGAAAUAAUGCAGUCUUCCUCCCUACUGACAUCAUAACUAUUACCCCUCUUAAUAUCAAUAACAGCCAUUCUCAUUAUCAUUCUAAUCCUUUCUAUGGACUCUGCCUCUGGCUAAAAUGGUGCAGGGGAGAAUCAGCCUAGUUUUUUGUUGGAUACAGGCGUUCCUUCACCUCUUCCUCAGAUAUUACUACUACCAUUUUCCUUACCAGAAUCCUUCAUCCCAGAUAGGAGUUGUGCUGCGACAGCUUGGGCUUCUGGGAUACAAGGAAUAUGUCAAAUAGAAUUUGGGUACCUUUUUUGAGGGUUGGGGUUUACAUGGGCGUGUACAAUUUUACAAACUUCUCCAGCGAUGUUGCCUCUCCCUCCCUGUAUAUUGGUUGAAUCUCCAAGUUGCUGCACCAAGAGGAAAAAAUCCCUGGGCUCCCCUGCUUCUGGAUUAGGCAGGGAAAAAAUAAUAAUCACUAUUAUACACAAUAAAAUAUUCGCCUUACGUCCUUCCCUUUUCCAGUCUGAGCCAGUCAGACUCAGGCCCAUGUGGUGGCCAAGCCGAACUUAACUGAAGACCUCAUCACAGGGAUUGUGGUUGAGCUUCGAGGACCAUCCACAAAAUAACUGCUUCAGCUUUGCAAAAAUGAAUAACAUUUAAAAAAAAAAAAAAGGACUGUAAAAAAUGAUCUAUCUGCACACAGACUGCCUCUUCUCUCUAACCCACAGCAGUGUAUAGUAGAGAAGUUGAUGUGUGUUGGAUUAUUUUGUAUGGCUGAAUGUUAGGAUUUUGUCUUUUCUCUAUAAGUCAUAUACUGUGUUUGGAAUAUUGUGCUCCCUGAUACUUUGGAAGUGGCCUAUUGUCGAGGUCUGAAUUUACAGGCUAAUGUUACUGUUGAGGUGGUUUUACAUCUGCUGGGUUCCAUGUUGUGGCCUACUUUUAAAUACUUUGUUUUUUCUAAGAUGAAGAGGAAGAAUAAAGAUUAAGGUUUCACUUACUCAUGUAAAGACAUGGAGCAUAUGUUUGGAGGACUAUUCUUCUUGAAUAUUGUUAAACAACAACAACAACAAAAAAAAACCUUCCAAAGAACUAGUGGAGCCCAAAUGGAAUCCCUUCUGCUAGAAGGUUUCUAGUUUAUUUGAACCCUCUCUGGAUAUAAACAUGAAUUCAUGCUAAACUGAGGGGGUGUAAGGAAUGUCAUAUUUUUGACAUUUUUGACAGUUUUGCUUUUAGUCAUAGGUUGUGGUGCAUUAUUUUUCUUCUCUAGACACACUGUCUCUGGGUUUAUUUAUAGGGUCAUGUUAGUAAAGAUAUAUGCUUAUGCCCUAAGUUUGAAUGGGUCUCCACUUAAAAUGAUUUUUCUCUUGUGUGUCCAGUGGCUCCCACUCACCUUACGAUUGGUCUGAGAGAAGCUGGACAGCUUUCAGAAUGUAGUUAUGCAAAAACCCCUAUAGCAACAAAUGACAUGAAGUUCUUAGUCUUUAACAUUAAGGUGUGUAUGAUUUAUGUCAGGUCCUUGAAUUGACCUAUCUAUGCCUUUCACAUGAGCUCUAGCGCAUUUUUAUCAGGUUGCAGCAGCACAGGAUAAGCUAGUGAAUUACAAUAUGUCCUACAUUAAACAGGGGAAUUCCCAUUGCUCAUGAAGUUGAGUUAGUUUAUUAACCAUGUGCUGUCGUCUUAAAUUUCAGUCACUGGGGUGGUCCAAUUUCUUUGACCCUACCACUCAGCAAUGGCUUUAUUCAGACAUUUCUGUGGUCCAUUGGAAAAUGUAAAUUUAAAGAUUAAAAAUAUGAAAACAUUGAUGUGUUGAAUUUAAACAGUAAAAAAUAAAAUGUUUAUGUAUAUUUCAAAAUCUGAAUGUUUUGCAAGCAAUAUGUUUAAAAACGCAAACCCAACAGACAAGAGGCUGACCACCCCAGCAGAUAUUUUCUCAUUAUAAUUUAUCUGUCCCAUUUUUGUUAUCAUUUUCCCAUUGAAACAAUAGGGUUGAUUAUCUCAUUAUUAGGUAAUUACAAACCUGGAGUCUUGCUGCCCUGUUGCCUCACUUUUGAUUUCAUAAUUCAUCCAUGAUGUGAUCAUCUAAUGCGACAUUGUAAUGAUUUGUCUCCUGUAUCCAGAGUGCACUCUUUAGCGCACUGAUUAUUGUCAGGCAGCCAUACAGAAAGAUGGUGCACUGCAUUAGGUAACUGUGCAUCAGUUGAAGUUUAUCCCUUUGUACUGGGUUAUCAUAACUGUACGUUUGGGUUUCAUUUAGGAUGGUGUAACAAUACAGUAUGCACAUUGCUGAUAGAAAUACAGGCAUACAAAGUUUAAUUUAAAUUGCUCAAGAGUUUGUAUUUCUGUCUCAAAGUAGCAUCGGAAAUCUUCCAGGUUGUCUGUACAUUCCUGACAGGCAGAAGGUAGCAGCCCGCGUCUUGUGGAUGCAAAAUAAGCAAUCUGGAAUCAUUUUGUGCCCUGCUAAGUGUAACCCAGUGCUGUCCUGACUACUGCCUGCUGCUGCUGCUGCUGCUGUUUCACAACAAAAUCACCAUUCCGUUUGUUUGGGGUUAAAGCUCUGCUAAAUGCAGUGCAGCCCAAAUGGAAAAGAAAACAAUGUAUGAGAAAUGUUUGUUUGUUUUUUUUUUUGUUUUGUUUUUUUUUGGAUUUUUUUCUGCUCUAUCAAAUAAUAAAACUAAUUUUAACCCCUC